UCACGACCGUAACGUUAAAAGUUACUGGCUUUGUUUUUUUGCUUAUUUGUUUUUGUUUGACGGUGAUGAACUUGCUUUUUAACUUCUGCCUAUGGGCAAUUAUGAACGUGAAAUGUGUAUAUAUCAAAUGAGGAUUGUUAUUUCUUACUUGGAAUUCUUUAGAAUCGACAAGAUUCAAGCUAAAUUAUCUUGGAUCUAAAUUGCACUUAUCUUUUAUUUAUGUUGAAUGCGGUGGAAAAAAAUGCAUUUUAAAAGCAUUUUAACAUAACCAGAAUAAUUUUUUUAUUUUCUUGACCUUUCUUGAAAUGGCGUUUUUGUGUCCUGUGAGAAUACGUCGAGGCAAACGGAAGAAAGAUGGUGAUAAAUUAUCAAGUCGAACACCUAGCAUAGGCAGAAUCACUGGCAGUGCCAGUAUCGAGACUUUAGUUCGCGUUGGAAUAGAAAAAGAAAAUGGUUUGUCACCAGAUUCCAAAAUGAUUGUAUUGCAUGAUUUUACUCCCUGUGUCGAUGAUGAACUUGAAGUUAAAAGGGGUCAAAGUGUAAAUAUGUUAUAUCAAGAAAAUGACUGGGUAUAUGUAAUUGCUGAGAGUGGCCAGGAAGGUUUUAUUCCUCACUCGUACUGUGCAUCUUACGGCUCCCAUUUUGCUGAACUUGCAAUGAACAUUAAACAUAAAAAACUCCCGAGGAAUGAGAGAGACCAAGAACUUGAUCAAAAUUCAUCUAGAGGAACUCAAAGUGCUGAUAGUGGGCAACAUUCUGAUGUUGAGAGCUACGGUGUUGUUCCAGAAACAAGCUCUAACAAUAAUGUAAUGGCUUUAAAUCAAAAUAAUCCUAGCUCAUCUUCUCAAAGCUCUAUCCCAGAUGUCCAUCCAUUUUUUAAAGAUCCCGCGGGUCGAUACAUUGUUCUGUAUACUUUCAUUGCUCGAGAUGAAAAUGAUGUGAGUGUAGAGAGAGGAGAAUUUGUUACAGUUUUGAAUAGAGAAGAUCAUGAUUGGUUUUGGAUUGUGAGGUCAGAUGGUCAAGAAGGAUUUGUACCUAGUGCCUUUGUAUACCCAGCUGACGUAAUUCAAGAUCAUGUUGGAGCUCAGAUAACAAGUGGUAAUCAAGCCCAUCAAGCUUCUAAUUUAAAUAACAAUCACCACAACCCCACACCUCCCUCUGAAGAUCUUCGUUUUCAUGGAAGUGAAUUAGUGAUGUUGUACGAUUAUAAAGCCCAGGCACCCGAUGAUUUAAGUGUAAGAAGAGGAGAUUGGGUGUAUGCUGAUAUGAAUAACCAAACUGUUGAUGGUUGGCUUUGGGCAUAUGCUCCUAAGACUAGAAAAUAUGGCUUCAUUCCAAAAGCCUAUGCCAGACCACCUGCCAUGACUUCAUUAUGAUUCUUUUUUUCAUCAUGAGCUUUUUGCAUAACUUGUUGCGUUAACGAAGUGUAAAAAAGUUUCUUUGUGUCUUUGAUACAAAUAACUUUGGUAUUUUUGCCAUAAUUUAUUUUGUUAAUUUUUUGUUAUCUUUGUACAUUUUGUUCUAUAUAUACUUUGUUAGUAAAAUUUUGCAUGAUUAAUG